AUGGCUUGGAAGCGACACCUUGCAGCAUCUUGGAAGGAACAAAAACCAUGGACCGAAACUCACUCUUACCAGACGUGCGGGACACUAACAUCUCGCUGGGCUGGUACAAAACCGAUCUCCAACUCACGAUGCACCGAGAAACCGGUGGUACCACACAUGCCGGUCGGCGAGAAGACGGCCGAGGAGGCAACGACCAAGGACGGCGGCGGUGGCGGCGGCCAGCCGAAGCCACCGUCCCGCGGUAGCGCCCGCUUCGAGCGCCUCCUUUCCGGGCUGGGCGCUGGUCCGCUCGUGGACGUCGAUCCCGACAAGGUCAAGGACGACAUCCGGCGAUGGGCCAAGAAGGUGGCGGCGCUGGUGCGCCAGCUCAGCUUGGGCGCCUGGGCGGAGAAGAGCGACGGCUCGUCGGAGCACCACGACGCAGGCGAUGAUGGAUCCGCCAAUUGA